GUCAUCCUCGCAUCCAUCUGUCCAAUAUGCGCGAAAUUGUGCAUUUGCAAGCCGGUCAGUGCGGAAACCAGAUCGGAGCAAAGUUCUGGGAGGUGAUCAGUGAUGAGCAUGGCAUUGAUCCCACUGGUACCUACCACGGAGACAGCGAUCUGCAGCUAGACAGGAUCAGCGUCUACUACAAUGAGGCCACAGGUGGAAAGUAUGUACCCCGAGCCAUCCUGGUGGACCUGGAGCCAGGCACAAUGGAUUCAGUCAGGUCCGGUCCCUUCGGGCAGAUCUUCAGACCCGACAACUUUGUUUUUGGCCAGAGUGGAGCUGGAAACAACUGGGCAAAGGGCCACUACACUGAGGGAGCCGAGCUUGUGGACUCCGUCCUGGACGUAGUGAGGAAAGAGGCUGAGAGCUGCGAUUGCCUGCAGGGCUUUCAGCUUACUCACUCCCUGGGUGGUGGUACUGGCUCCGGCAUGGGCACCCUGCUCAUCAGCAAAAUCCGCGAGGAAUACCCUGAUCGCAUCAUGAACACCUUCAGCGUGGUGCCUUCUCCUAAGGUGUCUGACACAGUUGUGGAGCCCUACAACGCCACCCUCUCUGUCCACCAGCUGGUAGAGAACACAGAUGAGACCUACUGCAUUGACAAUGAAGCUCUCUAUGAUAUCUGCUUCCGCACACUCAAACUCACCACCCCCACCUACGGAGAUCUCAACCAUUUGGUGUCUGCCACCAUGAGCGGGGUGACUACCUGUCUGCGUUUCCCCGGCCAGCUCAACGCUGAUCUCCGUAAACUUGCUGUCAACAUGGUGCCCUUCCCACGUCUGCACUUCUUCAUGCCAGGUUUUGCCCCCCUCACCAGCAGGGGCAGCCAGCAGUAUCGUGCUCUGUCUGUGCCCGAGCUCACCCAGCAGAUGUUUGAUGCCAAAAACAUGAUGGCUGCCUGCGACCCACGUCACGGCCGCUACCUCACAGUGGCUGCUGUGUUCAGGGGACGCAUGUCCAUGAAGGAGGUGGACGAGCAGAUGUUGAAUGUGCAGAAUAAGAACAGCAGCUACUUUGUCGAAUGGAUCCCUAAUAAUGUGAAGACCGCCGUCUGUGACAUCCCACCACGUGGCCUCAAAAUGGCUGCCACUUUCAUCGGCAAUAGCACAGCCAUCCAGGAGCUGUUCAAGCGUAUCUCCGAGCAGUUCACCGCCAUGUUCCGUCGCAAGGCUUUCCUCCACUGGUACACCGGUGAGGGCAUGGAUGAGAUGGAGUUCACCGAGGCAGAGAGCAACAUGAACGACCUGGUGUCAGAGUACCAGCAAUACCAGGACGCCACCGCUGAGGAGGGCGAGUUUGAGGAGGAGGGAGAGGAGGAAGUCGCCUAAAACCUCCACCCAACCUCAUUUCACCUCACCCAUCCCCCCCAACUCCAUCCCCUCUCCCAUCCCCCUCCCAUUAUGAAUUGAAUGGUCUGCCACACUGAAAAACUGUCACCAUCUAGAUCACUGUUGCUCUGGUGUUAGACAUUGUGUUAACUGAUGCUAGUAAAGUUUCUGGUUCUAAUGUUUUUGUAUGUUGUGAAUGCACUGGAUUAUUGACAUCCUUACAUCUUCCCGAUCAUUGCCUUGCCAAAUUUAAACGCAAGUGAUUUUAACUGUGAAGCCUUGACAUCAGAGAAUUAUUAAAAUCUGAUUAAAUGACCA